UUUUUUUUCUCUUACCAGUUGGGCAGAGGCAGUCACUCAGACGUGUUGGUAGUUGUGGACCGAACCGGUCGUGUGGUCCUUUUGCUCUCUGGCAUUUUGUUUUAUUCUUAUCGUGUCCUAUGUGCGUGUGUGUGUGUGUGUGUAGAACAACAAAAAACAUUCAUCUCCCCAACACAACUUGGUGUUUAACGUUUGGUGUGCGUAUUUAAAGAAAACAAGUUGUCUUCUUCUGUUUUUGGGGGUGUGUGUGUGUGUGUGUGAAUGCGAAUUGGCAGACACGUGGCGGUUCUGGUGUGUUGGGAGCACAAAAAAGGAAGAUUUGUUUUGUUAAACAUAAAAGAAAAGGUGAACAAAAUAGUUUGCGCGGAACGACAUGGUGGCCAUUGAUGAAACCAAAACUCAAUCAUUUGAGGGAAAAUGGGUCAUUGUGUGUCUAGUUGACCAAUAGUGUCCCCCACUUUUUCUUUUCGUAUUUGAGGAAGUGUGUGUGUGAAUUUAGGGUGAAGUUGAACAAAAAAUGGCGGCCUUGUUAGGUGACCAAAUGAAAGGUCAUUUGGUCAAUCCGUACGCAACGGCGGCAGUUGCUUCUAUGGACUACCACAAAAGUUAUCAACAUUUACUGCAUUUGUCUGGUCACGAUUUGAUGAAUCAUCAUCACCAACAACAACAGCACAUUUUACAACAACAACAACAGCAACAACAGCAUGCAGAAAAUGCUGCCUCAGUUUCGUCGUCGCCACCAGUCAAUGUCUCCGUCCGGUCAGACACCCCAAACGACAAUGCCAACAAUGGCGAUGGCAAGAUAUUUGGCUCCAAGGCAGACCUCCAGCUCCACACGCAGAUCCACAUGCGCGAGGCCAAGCCGUACAAAUGCACGCAGUGCUCCAAGUCGUUCGCCAACAGCUCGUACCUGUCGCAGCACUCGCGCAUCCACUUGGGCGUCAAGCCGUACCGCUGCGAGAUUUGCCAGCGCAAGUUCACCCAGUUGAGUCACCUGCAGCAGCACAUCCGCACGCACACGGGCGACAAGCCGUACAAGUGCCGCCAUCCGCACUGCACCAAAGCGUUUUCGCAGCUGAGCAAUUUGCAGUCGCACUCGAGGUGCCACCAGACGGACAAGCCGUACAAGUGCAACUCGUGCUACAAGUGUUUUCAAGACGAAACGGCACUUUUGGAACACAUUCCAAAGCACAAAGAGUCCAAACAUCUCAAGACGCACAUUUGCAAUUAUUGCGGAAAGUCGUACACUCAGGAAACGUACCUGGCCAAACACAUGCAAAAGCACACGGAACGACCGGAGAAAAGAUCCAGGGGAGGUGCAGCGGCGGCGGCGGCGGCGGCGGCAGCAGCAGCAGCUUCGGCGAAUGCAGCGGAUUCCAAUUACUGGAACAAAUCGGUUGAAGCCAACGGACUGGAACCUUCGGUCAUGAAUCACUCGAGUGGUCACGAGCGGAACGACGAUUGCGUUCACAACAACCAACAACAGCAGCAGCAGCAACAACAACAACAAAAUGAACACCGUUUGCACGACGACCGUCUGGCACAGCAAAUUCAUCCGCACCAAAUUGGAGGCGGCGUCGGGAGCGGAUACGACAGUUCCAAGACGUCAUCAUCAUCCAUAUCUGCGUUCACGCCGAUUCAAAGUGGAAUGCUCGGCGGAGGUGGAGACGGCGGCGGCGGCCAAAUGGGCGGAGGGGGAGUCCAGUCAGCUGUGGCGGCAGCAGCAGCAGCGGCCGCCGCAGCCGCUGCCGCUUCCCGUUCCUACUUUUCGUACGAUCCUUUGGGCGCGUUCGCCAAAACGGCCCAACAACCGCCGUCCUCUUCGUCGUCGACGCCGUCGUCUUCCACGUCGCAGAUGGGCGGAGGCGCCAUGAUGACGAUGGAAUCGAUGAAGUCGGCCAACGCCUUCAACACCAAUCAGCUGAUCUCGUUGCAUCAGAUCAAAAACUACGCCCAUCACGCGCAUCAUCCGCAUCAUCCGGCCGUGGCGGCAGCAGCGGCCGCUAAUUUGAUGUCGCCCGGCAAAGAUUUUGAUUUCGGUUUGGGCACUAAAGAUAAAGGUGGUCAAUAGAAUAUUUUGAAAUUUUUUUUUUUUUUUUUUCCUUUUUUUGUUUUCGGGGCGCAAAACACACCACCUCCAGCUUUGUUCGUCACACCUUUUUUUUGCCGAUCGUUUAAAUUAUUUUAUUUCCGGCGACGCAUUUCUAUCGCUCCUCUUCGUUUCCAUUGGGGAGGGGGGGCAUUAUGAUGUCAUCUGCCCAGCGACCGUGCAGCAGUUUGGUGUCUUGUCGAUUUGAACGAACGCCAUUGACACCAACCACUCGCUGCAGAGCGAGAUCGUGGUGAGGAGGGGAGGGGGAGGAGGAGAUAAUUUCAUUUUACCUGAUGGAUUUUGUUUUUGUGAAGUGGGAGGAGUCCGUUUGUCAUUUAAUAAUGAAGACCAUCACAAAACUCUCGAGAGUUUGUAAUAAUUAAUUAACGGGUGCCUUUUGUUUUGUUCUUUUUUUUUUAAAAUGAAAUUUGAACAACAACAACAACAAAAAAAAACAAUCCAUCGUGUUUGUCUAGUUUGUGUGUGUUUUCUUCCAGUCUCACGGAUUUCAAUUAAAAACAUUUAAUCGGAAACACUAAUGAAGAGUUGGAGACAAAGAGAUUUUGUUCGCCCUUUCUUUUUUUUUUUCGAAGCUCAUUUGGGGGCGUUGUCUCGUCCAGUUCCAAUUUCAAAUACCUCAAACUGUCCCAUUUUAUUUCCCCAUCUUUGUUUUCUCUCCAGAAAUCAUUCAAUUACAGUGGCUUGUUCUUUUUGUGACAGAGUAUCUCCAAUUUGAAAUUGCUUGUUUAUACGCCGUAAUAUAUUCUCGAUCGAAACACACACAUCAGACGCAACUGGAAGCCCGUCUUGAUCUAAUUAAUUUAAAACUCUUUGUCUCGUUUUUUUUUUUUUUAUGAUUAUAUCGUCGUGUUGUUGUUCUCUCCUCUCCUUUUUGAUGGUCUCUGCCGUUAUAUGAAAAUUGCCCGGUGAAAAUUUUUGAAUGCGCAAAAAUGUCGUGUCUACUCUCCUCCCCAAUUUGAUAUGCGAGUCUCGUCUUCUUCUUUCCAAGUAAUUAUUUUUUUCUUCUUCGCUGAACUGGAACUAUUUUUUUUUUUUUUUUCCUUUCUCUCUCGUUCGUUUCUAACUUGUUUAGACUGCCCCCUAAAAAAUGUCGUUUCUCCUCCGUGAAAACAUCAAGAGAAAAGGUGUAUUUUCACGAUAACAAAACGUCGAAGGAGAACUUAAAAAAAAAACGUGUCGUGUUUUCUACUUUUUUUUUUCUUUCUUUCUUGUACAUACGUAAGAAAGUGUUUUGUUUUUUUUUCUUUUUGUAUUUUCCGUCUAAGGAAGGGAAGGUGAAUUGACUUGUUUGAAAAUUCCGAUCCCUCCGUUUCGUGCGUGUUGUUUCCCACCUCUCCAACGUUUCUUUAUCUCAAUGAUUUCGCUCCCCCAUUUUGUUUGUGUUUUUUUUUGAAAAUUCCCUGUCGGUUCUGUUUUGUCAUCUAGGGGAUUGGUCGAAUUAAUUUUUUUUUUUUUCUCUGUUGAUGUUUGUGCUGUCGUUUUGUUUUGUCUUUGGAUGGCGAUUUAUUAGGAGAGGAGACGGUGCCAACAGGUCUCUCUUUCUCGAUUUCAAAAUAGUUUUUUUUUUCUCCUUUUUUUCUCAAAACAUUUGGGAAACCCGUUUGACCGUUUUUCUAGAAAAGAUUUUUGACAACAGCGAACAAACAUGAAUUCUUGUUUCUUUUUUUUUUUAAAUACGCAUGUGUAUGUUACUGUAUGUGUGUGCGUGUGUCUGUGUGUGUGCGCAGAGUGUCGUGUUCAAUUCCUGUGCACACACACGCACGAAAAAUGCCAUUUUCACUUGUACAAGUUUGCUACUUACACACAGUAUCUCCAUUUCAUCCCAUUUUUUUCCCCUUAAAAGAUUUUUUUUUCUUUUCCUUUUUUUUUUAUUUGUGUCUCCUUUUUAUCUGCUCCAUUCAAGCUUGAAAAAACACACAAAAAAAACGUUAAUUAAAAGUGAGAAUCAUUUCUUGACGAUAAAAAUAAUAAAACGAUAAUUCAAUAAUAAAAUAUCUGGUCGAAUUA